AUGGCACGUAGUGGUCGAAUUGGGGAACUUAAUGGUAUAGCAGCAUUACAAUCAAUCAACUUAGCUCCUCCACCAAUAUCGCUAUAUCUUCCUGCACCACCAGUAUCACUUUAUCUUCCUCCUCCACCACAAUCAAUUUAUGUAUCAUCUUCAUCACAAUCAAUGCAUUUAUCAGCUCCACCACAGUCAUUCUAUUUACCUCCUCCACCAUAA